AAGACUUGUGUGUUCCAGGGUUCUGUGUGGAUCUAGAGAAAUGGAGUAAUUUUAUAACAAUAAUGUGGAUACUUAUUUGGAGAUGGAGGCUGUGAGACCCAAAAAGUCAAAGUCCAAAUCCAGUGGGAAGCCACAGGUCAAAAAGGAAAGACAGGCAGAAAGUGUUAGACAGCCUUCAGGACCUUCAACAGCAGUUAAUGAGCCAGCGCCAGCUUCUGAGUUCACUGAUGUUCCCCUUAGCCUUUCUCAUGUGCCUCCAGCUCCUGAUCUGAAACCACCCGCCACUCAGACCUCACUAGACCAUAAUGACAAAGCUGAAAAGAAUCAAGACCAGGUUCUCUUGUCAGACACGACUGAAAUAGUGAAGAAACCAUCUUGCAAUGAAGAGCAUAAAAUGCCAUCACAAGACACGGCACCUCGGGUGGACCAAGCUUUGGCACCCGUUCAGUCCUGUCAAAGUGAUCCCAAACCUCUUAGUGCUAAACUAAAGCCAGUCCCUUCUAUAUAUCCAUCUAUCCCAGCUUCCUGCUCUGAGCCUCGGCUUUCAGAGGACUCGUACUCUAUCAUCUAUGGACUGUUAAAUGCUUCUUGUAUGACAGUGGCCUCUGAGGGACAAGUAGCUCCAGCUGUUCUUGCUCUGGCUAACCAGGAGUCCUCCCCGCCCAGCUUGGUCCCUGUGGAGGUCGCUGACGUGGCGAGACCCAGGGAGAGGCUUUACCCAGAGCUGCCCAGGACCUGCCAGUCUGUGAAGCCCUUCACUAGCGAGCAGCUACGUACGUGGGAGCCCGGUUCCUGGUUGGAAAAUGUGGAGAUUCAUGAAGCGGAGUUCCAGAGUCUGUCCCACCAAGAAGGACAUGAGCUGUAUGAGCUGCUGCUGAGCUACUGGAGGUGCCGUAAGCAACUGACACAGGCCCAGACCGAACUGCAGGCUGCUAAUUCAGACUGCAAAAAUGUGCAGAAUCGCCUGUGGAGCUUCAAGGAUGAAAGUCUUUCAUUGCAGGGUGUAUGUGCGGACCAGACCAAGGUGUUUGGCUACCACUGCUACCAGCAGGUGACAAUGAACGAGGCUGCAUUAACUGAGCUGAAGCAUCUGUUUUCUGCAAAAACAGAAAUUCUCCAUCAGACAGUGGCCCUGCACUCAUACACCUUCAUCUUGUCCCGUCUACAAGUGGAGUCUUAUCUCUACCGCUUGCUCAGCAGUAACCCCACCACCAAGAGUGUGGCUGUGCAAGAUACAAGCACAGUGAGUCCAAAGUCUCAGCCCUCUUCUUUGCAACCGCUAAAGGAGAGCAUCAGUGUGCUGUUCAUCUUCACCCGACGGGUCCUUGAUGAUUCUCAGUUUCAGGCUGACAUACAUCUGUGGCUUCAGAGGCUGGUGUCUGUGCUGCAUCAGGUCGGUUCUACAGGAGAUCAUCUGUUCAUCCUAAAUCACCUGCUCUGCUGCCCGGCAGGUGUUGGGAAAUGGGCUGUGCCAUUCCUACAGAUCAAAGUAUUGGAUAACCCAUCUGGAGUGUAUCAUUUCAUGCAGGCCCUGGCUAUCCUCAUGUCUCCAGCGAGGCAUCGUGCAGACUUCCUGGGACACAUGAAGCCCAGUGACGCGAAGGGCAACAACAGUCUUACAGGGCCUGCAUCUGGUAACUGGACUCUAGUGGAUGAGGGGGGAGAGGAGGAUGAAGACCCAGAAACAAGCUGGAUGCUGCUGUCUGAAGAUGAUCUGGUUUCUCUGUUCUCUCAGUUUCCCUUUGAUGAGCUCUUCAAACAGUUACUGGGUAUCUGCUCUAAAGGCGACUAUCAGCCUCAAGCCACCACCAGUCAAAAGAUGAUGAAGAUAUUUGCAUUUGCUUCUUCACUGGUCGAACUGCUUGCUGUCGGUUUGCAGACUUACAACAGAGCACGUUAUCGCCAAUUUGUGAAGAGAAUUGGUUACAUGAUCAGGAUGACGCUCUCUUAUGUUAGUGACCACUGGGCGCAGUACAUCAGCCUGACAGGUGUGAGCAGAACCACAAUGCAGGAGCAGUCAUUUUCAAUGGAGAAGCUGCAGGUGGAGUUUGACCAUCUCUUCCUGAGAGCAGUGCUUCAUGUGCUCAAGGCCAAGAGACUGGGCAUAUGGCUGUUCAUGUCUGAGAUGCCUUAUGGCACAUUAUCCAGCUCCAUGCUGUGGAAGAUCUUCUACAAUAUGCAAUGUGCAGAGAUGGAUGGUCUGGAGAAGCUAAGCUGUAGCCUGAGUGCUGAGGACUACUCCAGACUGGGCAUAUGGCUGUUCAUGUCUGAGAUGCCUUAUGGCACAUUAUCCAGCUCCAUGCUGUGGAAGAUCUUCUACAAUAUGCAAUGUGCAGAGAUGGACGGUCUGGAGAAGCUAAGCUGUAGCCUGAGUGCUGAGGACUGUAUCCAGGGGCUCAGAGAACCAAGUCAUCAGGAGAAGUUUCAGUGCUGGCUGUCGGAAAUAAACAGCUCAGAUGGAAUCUGCCUGUUGACAACAUUUGCACAUAUGGCCCAGCCCAGACGUACCGACAUAGACCCUGAAUUUGUCAGGAACAUAGUGCUAGAGAUUUACGAGGUGUCCUAUGUUAGUAUCGCCACCCGUGAAAUCUUUUCUAAAGUUGGGCGUGAGUUGCUUGCUGCUAUAGCGACUGCCCACCCUCACAUCAUCUCUGUGCUGUUGGACAGAUUGAGAAAGACCAUAGAGAAAGUGGGCAUGGUAUCACUGUACCUUUUCAAGGAGUUGCCCCUGCACUUGUGGACUCCAGCUCGAGCUGAGGUGGGGUUGAUCCGAGAUUGGCUGUUAAACUUCAGUCUCACUGCUGUGGAGAACAGAUUAGCCUGCAUCAUACUAGAGGGCCUCAACUGGGGAUUUCAGCCUAAUGGUUGCCUCAUUUUACCAGCAUCUUUGCAUAGUGAAGUCGCACUUUUGGUGAUUGAGGCAUAUCAAAAUUAUCUCACAGACAAACCAUAUAGUGGAAUCCUCUCAGAAGGCAUCAAACAGGUGUCUUACCUGGCUAACAUGGUGCGGCUCGGCCAGACUCCAGAAUCCUCCUUUAACCAGUGGGCCUGGGAUCUGGUUCUUAGGCUAAAGCUCCAUAUCAAUAAAAUAAGUCCUCAGGAUGCCUGGUGCCCUCGUCUCUCCUCCAGCGCUCCCAUUGUGCCUGAGAUCACAGACUCUCCCACCAUGCACCCAGUGUUCAAAGCAGUCAAAGCGGGCAUACCCAUCGGCUGUUUUCUGGCUAUUGACAUGACCACCAUCGGGCACAGUUUGGAGAAGUUCUGCAGUGAUGGAAUUUCUCUUCUGAAGACUAUGGUUCAGUCCCGUCAUCUCAAAGCUGUAGUGCACAUACUGGAAAACAUUCUUCCUCUGGUCUACCACUGCCAGUUCUACCUGCUCAAAAAUGAACAGUUUCUGAGCUGUAUCCAGCUCUUCUUGCAGCUGGAUAGUGGGACACAGGGUGUGACCCAGCAGGUUACACAGAAGGUGGCCCAGCAUCUGAUUGGCACCUCUACAUGUGAGAACAUCAAACUCCUUAACAGUGUGAUCCAGGUGGGAUUUUGA